CAGCAGACAGAGCAGAGCAGAGCGCGAGAGGAGCGCAAAGCGAGAGCUGGCGAGGCAGGCAAGCAGCACAGAACAUUGCCGGCAUAUUGAUUCCGAAGCGGUGUGUGCGAGAGUGCGAGCGGCAUGCAGUAAACGGCGGUCCCGCCGGUCGGCCGACCCACCAGCCCGUGCAGCUCGGCCGCCGAUCACGCAGCGGCCAGACGGCCGACGGCCCCCGCAGAGGCCCUGCUGCCCGCCCGCGCUGCCCCCGCGCCCGUGCCGCGGCUGGCCGGGGCCUACCGCCAGUGCGGCCUGCGUACCUGCAGCGGCAACAAGUUCGCUUGCUUCUGCCAGUCCAGUGAGUUUCUGUGCGCCAGUGCUUUUUGCCCCCUGCAGCCGACCGUCGAGAGCCAGCCGCUGCUGACAAACAUCCGCAAACAACGUGCGGCACAUGGGCUCGCAGGCCCUCGACGAGCACCUCAGCGGGGUUGACAUGCAAGACGCGGCUUCGACCCACCCCUCGUCGUCAGCCCCGAAUGCCACCGCCCUGGAGUCGACUCUCGCAGGCACCGAUUCCUCAGGCUCGUCCGCCUCGUUCGGCCCCACGGUGUCCAGUCCGGCGGCGGGCACCUCGCCGCUCAUCCUCGCUCAGACGCGCAACGUGUCCGCCGCUUCUGUCGCCUCGACCACCUCACAACCGCCAGUAACAGACUUUCCAUGGACCGCCGGAGACGAGGCCCUCUUCCUGCUGCUCUUGAACACGAGCGGCGGCCUGGUCGGCAGCGUAGGCCCUGCCUUGACUGCUGCCGGCAAUUCCACAGCCCUCAAACUGUGCUCUGAUUGGGAACCAGCGCAGCACAAUCUCUUCCAAGCAGCUAAUUUGUUCUUUGCCGUGGCCUUUCUCGUCCCCAGAUCCUUCAAGCAAAGCAUUUUGGUGCUGCGAACAUCACUGGCCGUGGGAUUCUGCGUGAGCGCCUUUUGGGCGGCGUUGACGCUCUGCGCGGCGGACAUGGUCGCGUGGAGCGCCUUUCUCAGCAUCGUCAACGCUGCUCACGCGAUGAGACUCGCCGUCCAGGUUCUGCCGCCGCGACUGUCGCCAGACCUUCUCGAGCUCUACGAGCGACAGUUUGGACCUCACAAAGUGGAGAAGCACCAUUUUAAGGAAAUGACGAGAGAAGGCAGACUGCUAACCCUCGAGCCAGGUGACACCUAUGCAAUUGAAGACAUAACGCCUGCCAACGACCGUCUUUCAGUGCUCUUAAGGGGCAAAUUAAGAGUGACAUGUGAUCAAACGUACCUACACUUCAUCAAUCCACAACAAUUUGUAGAUUCACCCGAAUGGGAGGCUGCCAGAGUUGGCCCUAAUCAUGUGUUCCAGGUCACAAUUACUGCUGAAGAGGAGAGCGUUUGUUUGUGCUGGUCGAAGCCUAAACUAGAGAACGUAUUCAGACUGCGGCCCCUGUUAGAGGUUUUGAUGGUUAACCUUAUAGGCAAAGAUAUAACGCAGAAACUGUACGCAAUGAACGAGCACCUGCUAAGUGCGGCCAACGCGGUGGCCGAACAGCAAGCUGCAAUGGCGGCUGCCGCCAGGCUGAAGCAGCAGGAGUUACAGGCUAGUCUGCCGUGGCAUGAAAAGCGGCCACCGUCGACCAGCUCGGAAAACAUGUUCCUCGCCCGCAGCCUCAGCGUGGACGCCGUUCAUACAGGAUCCAGGGGACACGUCCGAUCUCUAGCCUGGAGAACGAGGCAGCAGCGGAUAAAUUCGUUGUACUCUGAUAAUUCUCAACCAAGUGUGGCUGUAGCGCCUGGGGUAGUAAUUUUCCCCAUGCAGAAUCGGGCGAGUCCCAUACGCAAAGCCAACCACUUUCCAGAGAAUUCACCCUUCGUCAAUCAAUUCAAGAGAAAACCUACUCCCGCCUGGGUCAAGCCACCUCCUGUGCACACCGACUCCUUUUCUUAUUCCCCUUCUUCAGCUCAAGCAAGUUCUAGUCGUGGACCAUCUUUUUUCACCUACCCAGCGAUUCAGCAGCCGCUGGCCGCGAGUGGCCUGUUGGUGGAGCCGCCGAUCGGAGUGACGCCGUCGCCCAUCGUGGCCGCCAUGGCCGCCAGCGUCGGCGGCCUGCUCAGACUGCCGCCCCACGCGCCGCCCCCGGCCUCCCCCGGACGCAAGGAGGUGAGCUUCGUGGAGGAGUCGGAAGUCUGAUGGUGAUUGGCCAGUUGGCUGGCCGCAACCCAAGUGCUCUUCGCGACACCCAAUUAAGCUAAUUAUUUAGCCGCAAAAAUAUACCAGGUCGUUUGGUGCUCUGAUUGCUUUCGGGACACUCGCAAACCAAGAGAGUGGGAUUCGCAGCUCCGGAAACUUUGACACUCGUGAAGUGCGACAGCAUGAGAGAUAUUUAAUUACACCGCGUCACUAGCAUGGUUUUGAAACGUGAUUUUACAGCGGCAUUCUAGCAUUAAACUUCAGAGGAGGAACGAACGACACACAUACAACUAACAUUUUUUACACCAGUGGAUCAAAAUCAUGCUAAUGAAUUUACGAAAGAAAAAAACAACUAUGUAAUUCAACACCAUGCUGAUUUAUCGCAGCAACAUUUUUGCACUUGCAUAUGUUAUAUAUUACAUAAAAGAGCAAAGUAAAACUACAUGAUAAGACGAUGUGGUUGUGUAGCUUGACGCUUUUGAUAUUAUUUUAGUACUUGCAUAUGUACACGUGCGUGAGAGCAGUUUUUAAUAUAACUUAUAUCGCUGUAUUUAAAAAACGAAAACGUGUACAGGAUGUUUAAGACGUUAACGUAGGAACGUGAGGUGUACAUUUUUUAUAGACGUAUAAUCAAAAAUGAGGUACGACAGAGAAAUUAAUCGACCUUAUAACCAAAUGUCUGCCAGUCUUUGCUUCCAUUGAAUUAAAUUUAAGUCCGUACAGUUGAUUACCACUACGUACAUUAAACAGCAAAGUUAACAAAAUCACACGACAUGAGGUAGAGUACGUUUUCAUUAAACUCGUGAUUUUAAAAGUGCACGCAAAUUUAACCGGCUCUAUAUAUUGAAUAAAUCUCUAUUUUACCCACAAUAUAUACUUAAUUAAUUAAUGGUAAGUAUGCAACCGGCUUUGCCUGGCAGUUGCGGGGGUUGCAGUAUUUCACGCUGGAUUUAAAAAGUCGUCAUCGCACUUCUGUUCCUCUGUUUUUUCAACGCUUCCAAAUAUUUUCAGGUAAUCAAUCGAGUGUCAAAUAUCUUAUUAAUAGCUUUCCAAACGACCACCUUCUAUCAUAAUAUAAGUGAUGAGACUAAUAAUCUCUUAGUUUGGUAAAUUAAUCCCUCUUAUCGACACGAUGUGUUUCGCGAUUCAAGCGAUUUUCUGUUUCACUCCCAUAAUUACCAAUUACGAUGUCAAGUGCGUCGAAAUUCUCUACCAACGAGCUUUCAGAUGUUUCCUAAAGAGCCGACCAUUCGCAGCUCUGAAAUAUAUUCAAAUAGUUGAUUAUUCGAUUAACUAAUCCUUAAGUGAGCACGCACAUUUCAUUAAUCUCUUAAGUAGUGUGUAAUCAUGUAAGCACGUCCGUAGACGAGAUACGCGACUUCUGAAACCGAUCUCGACGUUUGCAAGACGGACACAUAUAUUCACUUAUUCCUCUAUCAUUUCCUCAACCGCAGACACUUGGUUGUAAGCAAACAGCAAACACUUUAUAGAGCGAUUAUCAUCAGAAAAAGCUGCUAGUACGUUGAUUGAUUGAUCGCUUUUCGCAUCAGCAUUUCCCGCGGAUUAAGUAACAACGCUAACGACGUCGUUCCGUUUCAUUUCGAAUGCAUACUUUGCAGAUACCAAAAUUGAAGAGCUAGUAGUAGAGCAGAAAGACGGGAGCGCUGGCAAAGAAACGCACAAACAAACUUGCGGCGCUGUUUUUCUUGCAGUUCUGCUGUGUAAACAAUGAAAAAGAGGUGAACACGCGGCCUAGGUUUUAAAAUGCAGCCGCGUGAUGGAUGAUAUUUCAUAUAUAGAAACUCUCAUGCCAUGUUAUAGAGCGCGUUUUGUGCUUGGUCGUGCUUUUUAUCGAUUCGCCCCGACCGGCGAGCAGUCGGCGUUUAAAUCAAUUCACAACUUGCACUUCACCGAAAGUACAGAGCAUGUACUAUACAGAACGUGUGGCUCGUCUGCUUGCUUGUGUUUGCCUUUUGGCCGAAUAGAAACAUAUAUAAUCGACUCACAAAGCCGCUAUUUCCCUGUAACAAACAGAACAUUGAAUCAUUUUUUUGAAAACCAUGGAUUUUUCGCACUCUUCUUAUUUGGCGCAAGUCUGAUUUUUUUUCUGCCUCUUCGCAUAAUGUACUACAUAGCUUUUAAACCGGUUCCGUUGUCACAACUAUACUGCUCCUGGCAACUUUAUCCUCGUUUCAAUUCGCAACGUCAACACGCCGUGAUAAAUGAUCAAUUGAUCACAGAGGCACAGCGUGAGUGCAUUUCGAGCCGCAGGGUUGAUUUGAUUGCUUAAAAUGUAUAAAACCUAACAGUGUAGAAAUUGCCUACAGAAAACAGGGUUGUUGUGUAAGCGAAUGCAAAUAGUAUUCACCUGAAACGCGCGUAAAAUCUCAAUUCGAGCGUUGCAAUACAAAUUUAUUUGGGAAUUUCCAGCAAUGCCCUGUAGCAGUAACGUGAUUUUCAACCAUAAAUUUUAACUAUACAAAAACUCAAGCUGAAGCAGUAUAAUUAUAACAAUUAUUACUACUUAACUCAACGACACACAGACAAAUCUUUUCGGUUUGAACUAAAAAGCAGAAAAUACAAUCAUUAAAUUAUAUGUAAAUGUUCAAUAUCUCGUACUCAGCAAGUGUAAAAGACGAGGAUAUAAAAUUAAAUUUAGCAGUGUUCCUAACAAUUAACAACCAACGGUCAAGAAGAGAAACUGUAACUCUUUGUAAAUUUCGCAAUAUUGUAACGACGCCUAAAACAAAAUUCAGGGCUUGAUCGUGUUAGUGAAAGUUACAUUUUUAAAAUCAUCAUGGCAUUUACUUAGCUGCACACGGUAACUCCAUAAUUUCCGUUUACUUUGUUGGAAAUGCCUUGUUGCCGCGACCUAAAGUCUUUCACCGUUUCCCUACAGAAAAACGAUUUCACGAAUAUAAUAAUAAUACAUACUACAACAUUUGUAACGAAAAAUAGAGUUCCCGAACGCAUUUUUCAUUAACAACUAAACGCAUUGGUUAUCGUAAGUGCCUUUUUAGUUAAUUAUCAAACGAGAAAUGAUUUUUCACGCGUUUUUACGGAGUGCUCAAUAUUUUUAACUCGCACACACAUACGCCCACGAAAGUUAAAUACUGUGUGUAAACAGCCACACCCUGUGAUUUUACAUUUUGGAGAAACUACAUGAAACAAAAGGCAAGAAAUACCAUGGUAUCUUUAGUUGCUGUAUUUAAAAAAAGGAAGUAAAGUGUCUUGAAUUCGAUUGGAAGUUGAAAUUUGAUAAGAAUAUUUCAUCGAAAUGCGUAAUAUUGAAACAAAACUGAUGUGUAAUCUAAUAUUUAGCACGAGUUCUGUUGAAUAUCUAUAUCAAAGUGUAGCCCACGCGGAACAUAAAUUAAAGAAAGCGGAUGGAUGAAAAAUCGUGUUGCUUCAGUGACAAAAUAACAGCCUUAUUUGCGCAGCUUUUAAUGUUAAAACGAAAGAUUAACUGGCUAAGAAGUUGUAAAAUGCAAAUGAUGUAUGUUUUCAGAUUUAUGGUUUUCAUUACUAAUUCGCAUAAUUAAACUUAAUAAAGGUAUGUGCAAAAGAG